UGCACAUUUCGACAAAAAGAAGCUUAACACAGUAGAAAACUAGAAAUCGAUUGAAGGGGUAUAGCCCAGUCUUCCUCCUCCCCUUAACACAGUAGAAAACUAGAAAUCGAUUGAAGGGAAAAGAUGGCAGGCAGGACAUUUAAAUAAUUAGAUCUUCUUUGUUUUCUUUUGUACUUGUAGGUUUUCUCCUAAUCAGUAAUGAGCGCAGGAGGCAAGUCAGGCAAUCGGGAGGAAGUUGCGGUUUUAUUGUUUUGGGGCGGGGAAAUCAUAAAGAAGGGAUAUCUCGGCUCCGUGGAUUAUUCAGAUCCGCCAAAAACGAUGUGUUUCUUGAGUCGCGACAGUGAUCAUGAGGAUCUCGUGGAGGAAGUGCAUUCGGCGAUGAACACCGAUGAAGAGGAAACGAGUUUGAGUCUGUUCGGGAAGUACGCGACGAAGGUGGACCGAGAGAAAUUGGUGUUCGUCUCUAUUCCGCUCACUGAUUAUCGAUCGUGGCGGUGGUUUUUGAAGUCGGUGGAUCUCUCCCAGCCCGUUCAUGUGUAUGCCAUCGCCACCGGAAAGAGCAGAGCACCAGAUACUGAGCGGCGCAACCCCAGAGCGCGUGCUUCAAGGAGCGUGCGGAGGAAGGGACGCCGAGGCGCGUGCUCGUCGUCGUCGCCGAUGCGGAUCUCUGUUAGGACCGCGACGGGGAAGAGCAUCCCCUGCGAGGUCGAAUCAUCGGACACGGUUGGUGAAUUGAAGGAACAAAUAGAGGAUACGGAAGGCAUUCCGCCUGAGCAGCAGCGUCUCAUCUUCGCAGGAAGGCAACUGGAUGACGAUCGGACGCUAGCGGAUUACAACAUCCAGCCGAAUUCCAUUAUCCAUAUCGCCCUCAGGUUAUGCGGUUGCUAGUUGAUUUCAAUGUAUUUACCUUCUCUAGCACCAGCCACUGAACCUUUCCUUUCGCAAUCUCAGAUGUGGAGUAUUUAGUGCACUUUUGUUUUUGUUUUUCCGAUUUGAAUCGUUGCGUGAUGAAUGGAUUGGGUUUUCUACCCAAACUUUAGGUUUUGAUAUUCACCUGGCUGCAUUGAUGAUCUAUAAUCACCAUUACAAUGAGAGCCCGCUGAUUCUGGCGAAAAUUCGAGUUUUGGCUGAAUUGCCUGUAUUUGCCAAGGUUCCGGUGAUUUGUGAAUAAAUUAUAUUUAAAAUAUAUUUGAUUAAUAAAAUAAAGAAGAAAU